AUGGCUGAUGAUGAUACAUCGCAGCUGCUGCGCCAUGAGCCGCAGCUCACGCCCGUCGGAGAGAAAUCGCUACCGGCAAAAUGCAAGGCCAGCACGUUGGCGUACUGCCCCACGAUGGACCUCAUUGCCCUGUCCACGGACGAUGAGGAACUCCGGGUGUUUCGUCUGAAUGGGCAGAGGGUGCUGGGGGGCUCUUUUGGAGGGGACCCGUAUCUGGACGAGGAUGAUGGUGGUGGGGAGAUUCGGGGUGUGAAGUGGAAGGGGAAUGGCCAUCUCCUCGCCGUCGCAUGUGCGGAUGACUCUAUCCGUAUCAUCAGCUCGUACAGCGGAAAGACGGUCCACCACUACCCUGCCUAUCAAGUGCAAGACGAAGACGCCCCCCAACCCGUUAAGGUAAGCUGUCUGGGCUGGGGCGUCAAUUUCACCGACAGCAAGGUUGCACAGCGACACUUGCAGGAAGCGGCUGGGCAGAUUACCGUCGAGGAUCUGUUGUCGCCGGACAUUCACCCGUCUCGAGCCGCUGCACUGCUCAAGGCAGAUUUACCAAGGGAGCUAGCCUUGUUGGAUAUUGAGAGCUCGUUGCCGAAGCUGAGUACGUUGCCGGCGACGGGAAGUGAUGAUGAUGUGUUUAGCUCGAGAGCGUCGAUUGAUGCGAUUUUUCAUUCGGCUGCUAAGAAUACGAGUGACUCGGUUGAUGUGCUUCUGGUGGGGUUUGACGAUGGCAUGGUACAUCUGCGUAUCUUUGACUGCUUUGAGAUUGGUUCUUUUCAGAUCGGGGGCUCUGUUGGUGUGCCUGAUUCGUGCAGGAUUCUCCAGCAUGUCUCGCACCCUCUGAGCUCGACCCAUGCGUUGUUGACGUCUACGUCAGACUCGGACAGCAAACCGGGUGCUUUGAGUCUGUUGACUAUCGAUCUCCGGUUUAUCACCAAGUCGGGGAGAUACUUGUCCCUUCUUGCCUACAAGACAACCCAAUUGCAGAAUCUGCUGAGGUACAUCAGUCAGGUGCAGAGACAGAUCGAGCUUGAAUGGAAGAACGCCCAGGAGCUUCCGGCGAGGUAUAUGCGUAGUGUCACUGAGGAUCUUCAGGAAAAGUGCCAUUGCGAUUUUGUUACUGCGGCUUAUCACUUGGUGGUGACUGGGGAUUGUUUUGACCCGCUAAAGGAAUUCCUGGUUGAUAUUGUUGGAGAAAGAGGACACAAAAGAUGGGAAAAAGCCGUUUCAGCCGGCUACGAAAAUGUUCGUCGUUUGACUCAUGAAUGUCUUCUUCCGGCACUGGAGAGAUGCGAAGUGUUGCUUAGCCGACUUAUUGGACUAUCGAAGUUCCAUAAGCUAAGCGAGGUUCUUGGAUUGGAGACAUCAGACUUGAAUGCAAUUGUUGAGACACUUGACUGUCUUCAUCUCCUGGCUCACCACAUUCUUAUCAACACAAACGAAGAGCUAAGCCAGUUCGUCUCGUUUGCCAAGUGGCUUCGUCAUGAGAUUGAUAUGCAGAGUGCGGAGCCUAUGUCCCAGACUCUAGAGGAGCUGAUGGAAAAGACAGACAUGAUUGAAUAUCCUCAAACAUUGCAGUAUAUACAGGGUGCUCUGACAAAGAGCAAAUUGCGGAAUUUUAUCCAGCAACUUCCCAUGAUGGGCAUUCCGAGACCACCUCAGACUACCAGCUCGGAUAAAUGGGCACCUACCGGGCAUGACAGGUCCUUCUACGAUACGUUCAAGAAGCUGCUUGAGCAACAGAGCCAGGGACAGACUGGCCAUGAUGGUGCUGAUCAAGUGGAACACCCUAAGCUGAAUGACUUGACGAAGCGUCUGGGGUUGCAGUUCGAGAAAGUGUUUGGACAGAUUGCAUUGACACAACGGAGGGGGAUCCUUCACCGAUCACCUCUUGCGCUUCACUCGGACUGUGAUAAGGAUGCCACCGAUAUCACCAUGCGCUAUGAGGAAACUGAGGAAGGGACAUUCUCUUCGAUCUACAUAGCUACCAGAUCUCUCAAGUCGAGGCACCUCUUUUACAUCUAUCGUGUUGUUCUUGAUUCUGCCAAUGGGGUAAGCUCGACUCGGACUACCUCGGUAGUAGGUAUAUCUCUACAGGAAGGGGAAAUCCGUCAGGUACAGUUUGUGGAGGAUGGUACCCUUACGAUCCUUUGGUCGGAUGAUAAAGGAUCUGCUUAUCUUCUCAGCUUCCCCUUCCAGCCUGCAUCGGUUGCCAGUCGCCCUGAAGUCGACCCUCCGUCUAUAGAGAUUGAAUACAACGACAGUGAAUACGACCCGGUGUCCGCGGAACCCGUUACGACCACUAUGGAUUUGGAUCUUUUCUCGCUGGAUUCCCCGCACGUGAAUGCGAUCAAACAUACAUUCGCAAAGUCUGGCCCGAAGGCCAAGCCCGUGAGGGUUGAUGUUAAUGGACGAAAAGGCCGAAGGGCAGUAUGCGUGUUAUACGGCGAUGGACUACGGUACGAGGUGCUCGAUAUUGAUGCUGAAAUGGAGGAUGAAGAAGAGGAAGAAGACGAGGGGGAGGAGGGUGAUGAAAAUGAAUAG